CACCCGCCCCUGCAGCGCCACCUGCAAGCCGAGCUGGACCGCGUGGUGGGCCGUGCCCGCCUGCCCACGGCCGAUGACCGUGCUGCCCUCCCUCAGCUCGAGGCCUUCCUGUGCGAGGUGCUGCGCUACAGCAGCUUUGUGCCCGUCACCAUCCCGCACGCCACCACGGCUGACGUGCAGCUCGAUGGCUUCUACAUCCCCCGGGGCACCGUGGUCUUCAUCAACCAGUGGUCAGUCAACUACGACCCGACCAAGUGGAAGGACCCGCACGUCUUCGACCCGGGGCGCUUCCUGGAUGCCGAGCAGCAGCUGGACCGUGACCGCGCCGCCAGCGUCAUGAUCUUCUCGCUGGGCAAGCGGCGGUGCAUCGGUGACCAGCUGGCCAAGCUGCAACUCUUCCUCUUCACCGCCAUCCUGCUGCAUCAGUGUGCCUUCGAGCCCAACCCAGCUGAGCGCCUCACCAUGGACUGUGUCCAUGGGCUGGCACUCAAGCCACAGCCCUUCACCGUCUCCGUCAGGCCGAGGGGCAAGCCUGGGGGUGCCCUGUGAGGAGCCAACUGGCCCAGGGUAGCUCUGCCUGUAGAGCCCAAGGUGAGAUUGCCCCUGCGACCAGGGCACAUCGCUCUUGAACAGCCUUUCUCUUGAACAGCCUCUAGCCUGCCCCUCGGGGCAGUGCAGGGAGAGCAGUCCCAUGUCCCCGCGUGGCAGAGUGGACACAUCGGCAGCUUCAGGCAGAGAGCUGGGGGUGAGCUGAGCCUCUGGCAGCCCUUACGCACCUUCCUCAGCCCCCAGCAGCUUUUGCUGGCUCUGGGAAGAGUCCUCUUCUAGCUGUCCUAUCGCUGCCAGGGUCCCCGGAGCUGUCCCUCCCUUACAUCCAGGGCACUAAUUGAAAGGCACCUGCUCAGAUCUGGCCAGACAGGGCAGCACAGGGGCAUCUGCUGACAGCCUUAUUCCUUUCACUAAAGCAGCACACAUGAGGGUACGCCUCCUUCCCUGCUCAUCCUAGCCCCACAUAGACAAAGCCUUUGAGGGAGGGUGCCUUCAGGCACCGCUCCUGGAUAUUGCUGCCAAAGCCAAGACAGUUGGCCCUUGUUCCUGGAUGCUGGACAAUCACUGGUUAAUGAAAUUGACCCAGAGAAAUCAGGAGCAGGAGUUGCACUUUGCCAUUCAACCUGUGCAGCCAUAGAUUCAGGGGUCCCUUUCCUACAUAAACAGCUUCUCCUAGCCCUAGCUUCAUUAUUCUCACUCUCCAGUGAAAAGGACUUCCCUGUAGACAAAAUAAGUGUGGCAGAGCCCUUUGGAACAUUCAGUGCUUUAUUAAGAAAUGAAAUCCAAAGAUAUGGGGUGAAGGGGACAUCACUGUUUCUGAGCCGGACUCUUCCCACUGCUGUCUGUUCAUGGGGAAUAAGCACAGGUCUCCUGUGUCCUGAGUCACUCUCCCUCAGGGCCAGAAGCCAAAGGGAGUAGCAGUCCCUUCCCAGCAGCUCCCACAUCUGCUUGGCAAGUCAAGAACUUGGGGAGAAUUUAACCUACAAAACAUUGCAAAUCUAGGACAUUUAAAGACAAAAAACCCCAGCUUUUUUCUCUGCUAUUAAGCUUUGCACGCACAGAUUUUUUUACAGUGCUUUUCUGUGUUCUUUUUGUAAUGGGAAUGGCUUAAGUCUGAAUUCACAACACAGUGAAAUGUGACAUUUUUCUUUCCUUUUUAAUUUUUUUUGGUUUUUUUGCCUUUUCUGAAUAAAUCUCUGACAAGUGUUUGCACUGGUGGUGGUGGUUUCCUCUUGGAGGGUGGGGAGGCAUGGAAGUCUAUACCUGGGCUGAGGUCCUGUUCUUUG